AAAGAAAUCGUGGGAAAAUCGCAAGAAAAACGCUCUCGCCUUUUCCCCCCCUCUGGAUCCACCUUUUAUAAGCAGCCUCUGUCUCUCCGCCUCUCGCACAUUCACCUCCCAGAGAGAGAGAGAGAGAGAGAGAGAGAGAGAAGUAGAGAGAGAAAAUGGUAGUCGUUUCUUUCGAAUCUAGAUCUGGGUUUUCUUCGGUCAAGCCAAUUGGCCGAGAAACCCUGCAGAACGAGGCCUUCCCGUGCGACUCGGCGUCGGACUUCGAUGCCCAGAUCGAGGAAUGGCCGUUCUUGACCUCCCCCACCUACGCCGACGCGCAAGCGAUCCAGGGCACCGUUAAGAAGAAGGAGGAGGAGGUGAAGAAGCUGCAGAAGAAGAAGAGCCAGGUGUUGCUGGAGGGGUACGUGGAGGCGGCGGACGAGGACGACCUGGUGCGGACCAAGAGCUUGACGGACGAGGACCUUGACGAGCUCAAAGGGUGCUUGGAUCUCGGCUUCGGGUUCAGCUACGACGAGAUUCCCGAGCUCUGCAACACCUUGCCCGCCCUCGAGCUGUGCUACUCGAUGAGCCAGAAGUUCCAGCUCGACGACCACCAGAAGUCGCCGGAGAGAUCCGCCCCGCCGUCGUCCGUGACGGAGUCCCCUCCGGCCGCGGCCGCCAGCCCCAUCGCCAGCUGGAAGAUCUCUAGCCCUGGUGAUCAUCCUGAAGAUGUUAAAGCAAGACUCAAGUUUUGGGCUCAAACCGUCGCUUGCACAGUUAGAUUAUGCAGCUAAAAAGCUCGCAUGGUUAGCUCGCAUGGAGACAUGUGGCUUCAUUCAUUAAGGAGAAACGCAUGGGUUGAAUAGCCCAAAUCUGCGAGACCCCACAGUACUCUUAUCUGUUUCCGCAAAGUCUUGGGUUUCAGGAACUGGAAACCUCUCUGCGACUUUGGAGCCGGGGUGGACAACGUCCAAACAUCGAAUUGUCCGGCUUUGAAGAAGUUGAAGAAGAGGGGACUGAAUGUCUCAGAGGCAAGAAUUCUUCUUUAUUACAAGUUUUCUCAGACUAACAGCAGACCUCUGUGUAGGCCGAGAUGAUGAAGAACACCCAUUUGGGCAAUAAUGUGGUGCCGAGCAAAAGGAGGGAGUGAGAAGUAGAAAGAUGCUGCUUCCGACACCUCCUAAUAGGUCUCCACAUCAUCCAUCUCUCUGACUUUGUUUCAUUGAUUCUCUUGUCCUUCCCAUUGUAUGAAUUUUGGACGACUGCUAACAACGAUGUGCUUGACGGCCCCCUGGUUUCGGUUUGGUUCUUGUGUGAUGGUUUUACAUGUUCUGGAAAAUGAUCCACUUGAAAGUAGUCGACCAUAGAUCAAGUUUGGCUAUCAUGUGGACUGGAAAAGACUCGCAUGAAUGGUGUUGUUAUCCGUUAAUUCAUUGUAAUGGUCUGUAGUAUUAUGCAUCGUCUAUGGCCUCCUAGCAAGUGAGAUUUAUGUAUAUCUGUAGCAACCAAGUGCUUGGAAAUUUUGCUUAUAUAGUGUUUUCAGAUGAUUAAUACUCAUUAGAGAGGGGAAUUUGCAUCAACAUUUCCUGGAACUGGAGGUCUUGUCUUUUAAGGUCUAAGGUAAUCUUGGAAUAUAUAAUUGCAAAAGCAUCCUAGUUUGCCAGCUUUUGUUUCCGCAUCGCUGGGGUGGUCUAGCAGAGAGGAGUCUUGUUGACAGUCUGGAGGUUCCCGGUCUGUUCUACGACUCCUAUUUCUUCCUUUCGAGCAUUUCAUCUAACCAAUUAGCCAUCUUUCUUUCUAGCACUCACAUUUGUUAUUUUGCGCAGCAUGCUGCCGCUUAGCUCGAAGUUACUGAAGAUAACUGCAUCGUUUUUCCGCGUGUUUUUCUUUUAUUGUUGUGAAUUAAACACUGGGUACUCAAGCAUUUUCGGCAUGGUUCUCCGGAAUGUGCCAUGCACCAUGGUUUAAGCGUAUGUGUUCGAGGUCGUUUAAACUGUGCUCUGCUUCUGAAUCA